UCUAAUGUAUGAUAACAUACUGGUUCCAAUCUGAAAUCGUCUCACAUUAAACCAUGCACCUAGGUAGUAUACCAGCUAGUAUGAACAGAAGAAGAAGCCGGUUAAUAUAGUUUAUGGAAAACGUACCAUUAAACAAUACAAAACAUGGGAAGCUGUGCAUAUUAUAUUACAUGUGCGCUACUUAUAUUUCACUUCAUUGCCACUGAUGAAGCUACAGCUGAAAACAAUUUACCAUUCAUCAGCAAAAUUUACAAAUGCGUGGACAAUAAGUGUAUAAUUAGCGAAUUUCAAGACGAAAAGAAGGAAAUCAAUGAAGUCAAUGAGUCAAUGGACGUUUGCCGGUUAACCUGCGGGCAAUAUGGUUCACUAUGGCCGAGGCCGACUAAAAUGACUAGUAUAAAAGAUUCAGUUUUUAAAUUUGGACUUGACAAAGUUGAGUUUAACUUAACGUCCGUGGCCGACGAAUUAGGAAAACAAUACAUGGUUGAAGUAUCUCAAGUUUUAAUGUCAUCGUUAAGAAAAAUUUGCGAGCCACGAUGUAUUCCAAACGACAACAACCUGACUGUAUUCAUAACCACGGACACUCCUUUUACUAAUAUUAAGUUGUCGACGGACGAAAGUUAUGAAUUAAACAUUUUCACCUAUUUGGACCAAAUAACGGCAAAUAUUACAGCACAAACCGUGUAUGGUGCUAGGAACGGGUUGGAAACAUUACGACAGCUAAUAACAGCGUACGGCAAGCCUAAAUUUGACGGCAAGACACUGGUGAUAGCUGGAGAGGUACAAAUAGUCGAUGAGCCAGUAUACGCAUAUAGAGGAUUCAUGCUGGAUACCUCGAGGAAUUAUUUCCCACUUUCGGCCAUCAAAAGGACAAUCGAUGCUAUGGGUCAUUCCAAACUCAACGUAUUCCAUUGGCACGCCACCGACUCUCACAGUUUUCCAUUAGAUUUGCCUAGUGCUCCACAAAUGGCUAGAUAUGGUGCAUAUAGUCCCGAAAAAAUAUACUCGUACGCAGAAAUCAAAGAUCUUCUGAGGUAUGCAUUAGUUAGAGGUGUUAGAAUUAUUAUGGAAAUCGAUUCACCAGCGCACGCUGGGUAUGGAUGGCAAUGGGGCAAAGAUUCCGGUUACGGAGACAUGGUGAUUUGUCUGGGUAACCACCCAUGGUGGGAUUAUUGUGUACAGCCUCCGUGUGGACAACUUAAUCCAUUAAACAAUCAUACAUACACGUGGUUAGGAAAAAUAUACAAAGAUUUGGUCAACGUAUUUCCCGAAGGAGAAGCAUUUCACAUGGGUGGCGAUGAGGUUGCUGUUAGGUGUUGGAACACAACAGCCGAAAUUGUUGAUUGGAUGAAGUCCAAUAAUCGAAGCUUAACUGAAAGCGCGUAUAUGGAAUUAUGGUCCGAAUUCCAUAAUAAAGCAUUAACUGUAUACGACAACGAAGUAGGCAAUUCAAAUUCGGACAUAAUUGUUUGGUCUAGUGGAUUGACUGAUCCAAAUAUCAUAGAAAAGCAUCUCGACAAAAACCGAUAUACUAUUGAAGUUUGGGAAGGAAACACAGAUGCCGUAAAUUUAUUAAACUUGGGUUAUAAAGUAAUUGUGGCUGUAGAAGACGUCUAUUAUCUGGAUCACGGAUUGCGGCCACCGACCACUUACCAUUCGUGGAAGGUUAUUUACAACAACCAAAUGCCGAUAACCAAUAACCCUAAUCUCAUUUUGGGGGCAGAAACCUGUAUGUUUUCCGAAUUCGCUGAUGAUUUUAAUUUGGAUGUUAAAGUUUGGCCAAGAGCUGCAGCUUUAGCCGAGAGAUUAUGGGCGGAUCCGUCCACUAAAGCUUUGGAAGCCGAGUAUAGACUAUUGCAACACCGCGAACGACUUGUAUCACUGGGAAUCGGCCCAGAUAGAAUAACUCCAGAAUGGUGUAAUGAUCGAGAAGGCGAAUGUAUCAUUAGUUAUUGAUAACUCAGAAUAUGUUUAAAAAAAAUGACUAGAACAAGUACCUAUUGAAAUAAUAAAAUAGGCCUAUUAUUAUGGUAUUUUGAAUUGCAACCGUAAUUCAUUGUAGUAGUUUAAAAUAUUUAAUAAUCAUACGAUUUAGGUGUAUGCAAUUCGCCAAUACUUUACUAUACACCUACAUAGUACAUUCUUGGCAAUAAAGUUACAGUAGAUCAUAUUUAUUUUUUUAAUAUCAGACAUUCCAUGUUUUAAAGUAUUUUAAUAUUAUGAUUUUUAUACAAAUAAUGAUAACAAUUUAACAAGAUGUGAAUAGCGGAAAACCUCUCUAAAAUAUAAAAACACAUUCCCCAGCGGUGAAAUAAAAAUCGGAGGGAGUAAAUAUUUCUUUUGCCGUUCAAUGAUUAUAACUCAAACUAUAUAUUUUUAACUUCCAAUUUUCUAGAUACUUGACAUUUUUGUGUUUUUUCUGAGGUUUUCUUCCGAUAUUAUUUGAAUUUUAAAGAUACGUUAGUUAUGCGUUUGAAAGAUAUUACAGUGUAAAAAUGAUCAUCAAUCGUUUCAAAAUUAAACUAUUGAAAAUAUC